AUGUGGUCUUGUAUAACAGACUUCUUCACCUAUGAAACCACCAAGUCAGUGGUAGUGAAGAGCUGGACCAUCGGCAUCAUCAACCGUGUCGUCCAACUCCUCAUCAUCACUUAUUUCAUUGGGUGGGUGUUUGUCAAUGAGAAGGCCUACCAGGUGAGAGACACAGCCAUUGAAUCCUCAGUGAUGACCAAGGUGAAAGGUUUUGGAAUCUACAAUGACAAGGUCAUGGAUGUUGCAGACUAUGUCACUCCUACACAGGGAGCUUCAGUCUUCUGCAUCAUCACCAAACUGAUCACGACGGAGAACCAAGUCCAAGGAUACUGUCCUGAGAAUGAGAAUAAGUAUAAUUGUACCGAGGACAGUAACUGCACAAAACACCUCAAAAAGACAGGAGGCUAUGGAAUUCCGACAGGAAAAUGUGUUCCUUUCAACGACACCGUCAAGAUGUGUGAGAUAAAAGGAUGGUGUCCUGCCGAGAUCGACACCAUCAAGACUACACCAAUGAUGGAAGUGGAGAAUUUCACCAUUUUUAUUAAGAAUAGCAUCCGCUUUCCAAUCUUCAACUACACAAAAGGGAACUUUCUUCCUACCAUCACUGACGAUUACAUCAAAAAAUGUAACUUUGACAUGGUCAACAACACCUACUGCCCCAUCUUCAGAGUGGGAGACGUGGUCCGCUUUGCACAGCAGAACUUCACUAAACUGGCAGACAAGGGAGGAGUGAUUGGAAUAAAGAUCGGCUGGAUAUGUGAUCUGGACAAGUCAGAUGACCAGUGUAACCCCUCGUACUCAUUCACUCGACUGGACGCCAUGUCCCAGAAGAACGCUGUCUCACCGGGCUACAAUUUCAGGUUUGCCAAAUACUAUAAGAUGGAGAAUGGUACGGACUACCGUACUCUGGUAAAAGCGUAUGCUAUUAGGUUUGAUGUUCUGGUCAAUGGGAAUGCGGGUAAGUUCAACAUGAUCCCUACACUCAUCAACAUGGUGGCAGCCUUCACGUCAGUGGGAGUGGGCACGGUGUUGUGUGACAUCAUACUACUGAACUUCCUGAAAGGAGCGGAGCAGUACAAGGCCAAGAAAUUUGAAGAGGUGUCGGACAGCCCGCUCGAUUCCCAACGCAAUGGGUUGUACCGUUCCCAGCUGUCACUCAGACAUAACGAGUCCAUCAUGAGGUCCAGUGACUCGGGGGCAUUUUCUAUUGAACAUUACAGCUAA